CUAGUAGUAGGUAGUAGUAGAGGAGAACAGCCACUCAGCCAGCCCCCUUUACUUGCACACAAUAGACAACCUCGAACAGAAAAGAAGCAGUUUUGCCGUCCGAGAUGAGCCGCCACUGUGUGACUCUCCUUGUGAUCAUCUUUGGAUUACUGCAGAUGGCUGUGGCUCUCUACUCUAAUCCAAGUUCAACGCACCCGAACUGCACGGAGAGAUGUGGCAACGUCAGCAUCCAAUAUCCUUUCGGCUUCGGAUCCGGCUGCUUCCGGCAGCCCGAUUUCAGCCUCACCUGCGACGGCGGCGGCGGCGGCAACCAGCCGCCCAAGACCUUUCUGCAUGACGGCAUCACCGAGGUCUUGCCCGAUUCCGGUGUCACGGUGGGUCUGUCAAGGCUUAUUGAUGUAGCCAUUUCCCACACCAUCUUUAUGGCACCUGGUAUUCCUAGUUACAACUUCUCGUGGAAUCUCAGUUCUUUCACUAUGUUGGAUGGCUCAUUCAACGUAACUGGGUGUGACUUCGAUAUAUAUCGUCAAGAACCGGGCAAGAAUGGUUCCAUACCGCGGUGUACAAAUAGCUGCCCCCAAAACAUCACCGAGACGGUGGCCAGACAGAACUGCAAUGGAACCGGGUGCUGCCGUCUUUACGUUGGAGAAGUUGUUCCUGAUUUCCAGCUGAAAUUUGUGCUCCACAAUAAUGACACUAGAGGUGAUCAUGAUGCUCUUUCUAAUGGAAGCACCCUGUGGAAUACAAUAAACAUUACCAGCAACUGGGCCCAAAUCUUAUGGGAUAUAGAUGAUCAACCGACAUGCUCCAGAGCGAAGGACAAAAAUAUAAACUACGCAUGUGUCAGCAACUACAGCCAUUGCUUUGACGCUGAACUGUUUGAUAUUGGUUAUAGAUGUGGUUGUAACAGCGGUUACGUAGGCAAUCCCUAUGUAGUUGAUGGCUGCAAGCGUGACGAAGGAUAUAGUCCAAAUCAACUGAAGGAAAACUGCUCGAGGUCCUGUGGUAAUAUCAGUGUUCCAUAUCCCUUUGGUUUAGAGGAAGGUUGCUCUGCAAGGAAGCUAUUUAAACUCAACUGCAGAAAUGCGACAGCGUCUAUGCUCCAAUUCGAUGACGACCGUGUUGUGGCGUUUAUAAAUGUUGCAGAGAGUCUCGUGGGCAUCAGGUUUACCUCACAUUUCGAAGAUGAUCAGCUUGGGAUAUAUGUACCAGGUGAACCCGAUCUCUUUAUGGGUCUUGGGGAAUCAGUGGUCUCAAUGCACUGGGCAGCUGCCAAUCUUACAUGCGACGAGGCCCUGAAAAAUAAAUCACAAUAUGCAUGUGUCAGUUCAAACAGCAAAUGUUUAGGAGUCAAUUCAAAGGAUGGUUAUAUUGGAUACAGAUGCAAAUGCUUAGAUGGUUUCCAAGGAAAUCCAUAUACCAUCAGUGAUGGUUGUGAAGGUACAACUUAACUGUGAUUCUCACCCCUAUCCAAUUUCCAUUUAAUUUUAGUGU